GUUGUGAUGUUCUAAAGGUUUGAAAAAUAAUGGAGAUUGAUAAAAACUUUUCAUAUUUGAGUCAAGAUAAUCUAUUAAAUUUAUCUAAAAAUGAUGACCAGCUUUUGAAAGUUUCUCAGAAGCUUGCAGAUGAUCUCAGGAGCAAAGGACUUACUUUUGUAGAAGUCACUCUACAAUUAGGUUGUUUGUUAUUGGACCCAGAUUACCAGAAGAGAGAAAUAGGUGUUUUGGUAAUAAGUAAUCUAGUAAACAAUUUAAAAUCAGAAGACUUGAAUCCCCAAGAAUUGGCCAUCAUUUCAACUUAUUUUUGUGACAAACUUAAGGAACAUCAUCAGGUAGCAGUUGCAGCUCUGACAGGUACAAAGGCUUUAGUAAACUUUAAUAAUACACCAACGGAGUCGAUUAUUAACUUACUAUCAUCCAUAUUUAACCACAUAGUGUGCCAACAACAGCAGCAAUCUGAUAGAUAUUUAAUUUUUGAAAUAUAUGAAAUUAUUUUGAGAAAACAUGAAAAAGCAAUUACUUCUAUGGGGAUUGACUUUGUUUUUGGUGUAAUGUCGUCAAUAGAUGGAGAACGAGACCCUAAAAAUUUACUAUACAUAUUUAAAUGGCUGCAGGAUUUCUUAAGUAUUGUACAAUUGGGCCAUUUAGAUGAAGAAAUGUUUGACGUUUUAUCCUGCUACUUUCCUGUAGACUUCAAGACACCUCCUAGUGAUAAAAACAAAAUAACAAGAGAGGAACUGGCACAAGGUUUAGGAAAAUGUUUAACUGGUACAUCUGUUUUUGGCCAGUAUGCUAUCCCAUUAGCUUUAGAAAAACUAGAUUCGGCCCUUAAGGUGGCCAAAGAGGAUUCUUUAGCUUUAUUGCAACUAGGAUGUGAAACCUAUGAAGCAUCUAUUUAUAAUCAAUAUUCAAUUGAGCUUUGGUCCUUACUGCAGAAAGAAAUUAUAAAUACUUCAGAUAACGAUUUAAGGAAAAGGUGCUUGGAAACUCUUAAGGACAUUCUAAUGAAGCUGUCUCAUCUAGAUCAGCAUCAAUUCGAAUGUAUCAUAUCAAAUAUAUUGGAUAAUUUAAGAGGAAAUCUUUUUCCAGAAUCAAAGCUUUAUUCAGCGAGUUCCAGUAUUUUAAUUUACGUUGCAAACUCCAGCAAACCGUCCUCUGUGAUGGUGGCCAAAAAAAUAGGACCUCUGCUCGAAAAUACGUUUAAAAUUACCGAAAAACCUGAGCAUAAGGCUUCUAUUUUAUUAAAUUUAAUUCAAGUUGUAAAGGCAGUUAUAAAUACUCAUAUAUUGGAGGUGGACAUGCCAAUCAUUGAAGAGAUUUCGGCUUGCCCUAAAUUAUUAGCACAAGCUAUUUUAGACGAUGAGAAUGAAGCUCUUAUCAAAUCAGGAUAUAAAGGCUUUGCGGAGAUACCUGCAGUGAUACCACAGACAGUCCGUCAAACGUACUUUGAAGUUCUAACCGACACCAUGAAUAAGCCCCUACAGAAAGACGUUCAAGAGGCUUUACUAGAAUCUCUGAAAAGUUUAGCAAAAAAAUAUCCACAAGAUGUAAAAAAUUUCGUAUCUCAAAAUUGUCAAAACAUUAAUGGUAGUUUGAGCGCUGUUGAAAAUUACCUAUUAUGUUUGGCGACGCUCGCUACAUUACCGAGUUUCAAAGACACUGCAAUCGACUUGUAUAUAUAUUAUGCGACAAGUGAUGUUGCUAAAAGUAUAGUAGCCUUGUCAAAUUUGCAAUCUAUUAUUACAGAUGAAAUUGUUAGUCUUCUGAUCAGUAAGCAAUUUCUUGAAAAAUUUGUAGGCUUUUUAGAAAAUUUAGAUGAAGGUAUAUCUAAUACAGACUUUUUAAAAAAUAUUUGUGAAAUAUUGCAAAGAAUUAUAAGAGCCCAAUAUGCUGAAAUGCAGCAAUCGAUUUAUUUAACGCACUCAAAUAGGAAAUUCAAAAACAAGACAGUGUUUUUGGCAUUUCUGGCUGGACUAAUUCACCCGCUGAGACCAGGAGUAUUUCGGGAUAAUGGACACUUUGAUCUUUUGCUCUCUUUUGGUAGGAAUGCAGACGACAAAUUUGUUAGAGAUUUAUGUUUACAAGUUGUUUCUAGUAUAUUAAACAAAACGGAGGAAGAAAAAAAUUUAGAAGAUAGAUUGACUUAUAUUAAAACCACUUCCGAGGGCUGUACUGCUGAAACCAGAGUCUGGUUAACUUCGUGGGUGACAAAAGCACUUACAAUCAGGAACCAUCCAAAUGCGUGGCAGUGGACGGAUUGUUUAUUCAGGUGCUUAGAAGAAUGCUCAAAAUCUUCCAUUGGUUUUAAUAUUAUUAUGGACGACUCGAACAGUUACAUAAGUAGGGAGAACUACUGCCAAAUCAUGCCGCUUUAUAAGCAAAAAUUUUUUGUUUAUUGUAUGAAUAAAUUUUGUGAACCGGAAUACAAUGACUGUAUCAACGAUAACCACUUAAGUGCGAUAGGAUAUCUUGUGAAAGGAGUACCUAGUAGUGCCCUGAUUAUUCACUUUAAAAAGAUUCUCCGAUUGCUAAUCUUAUGUUUAGAAAAGUGCACCAAUCCAAAGAUCUUAGAAAUUCUUCUGAAUCGAAUAAGUGAGUUUGUCCAACAAAAUGAAAAGGUGAUAGAAGAUAAUCUGGAAGACAUACUGUUUAGGAUAUUAAAUUUAGCUAAUUUUCAAGCUUCUAUGAACGUAAGAAUAGCAGCUUUGAAGUGCCUUGGACAAAUGACCUUACGAUACAAAAUAUACCAACUUUUACCUUUUAAAGAAAGAGUUCUAUCACAACUGUCUGAAUGCUUAGACGACAAAAAACGAUUGGUCAGACGAGAAGCAAUGGAAUGUCGCUGUCUAUGGUUCUUCUUGGACGCUCCCCAAUAAUAUUGGAAUACCAGUUAUUUGUUAUAAGGGUACAUUUACAAGCAAUUGGUCUUGGCUUUUAUCCAAUAUAAUUACUUAAAAUAGAAAUUGUUUUUAAGGCUACUCUUACAUCAAUUUUGCCAAAUAAAGUAAAUUCUAAGGUUUAAUUCAAAGACGAAUGGAUGCAUUAUGUUUUAUAACUUUAAUUAACUCAACAGUAAUGUUAAACAGGCUUUUUGGCAGGUGUGCCAAAUGACUAGUUUUUUUUAAUAAUAGACCUUAAUUAUUUUUUUGUUUAAUUAUUUAUAGUUAUACUGCAAUAAAACAGCUGCAACUUUAACGCUGAACAAAUUAAAGCUAUAGGGGAUUAAUAGCUUAGGUUAUAUUGUAAGAAGUCCUUUUUACGGUCUACCACCCUUAUCGCUAUAGGCACACUCCUGCUAAAUACCUUAUGUAUAACAUUUAAAAUUACACUGUAUUGCUUGUUUUGUACAUACACCCAAUCCAAUGUAAAAAUAAAACAAAAUUUAUUAUUAAAAUAUUUUAUUUACACAUUA